AUGUAAUAACAGCAAGAUAAAUAAUUCAAAACAGUUAAAGUAAAAUCUAAUUUUCAUUAAUUUCAAUUAUUACCUAAUAGAUAAAUUCACAGAUAUAAAAUAGAAUUGACUAGCUAUUCUGAUAUUAAUGCAUAAAAUGCAAUUACAACAUAUCGAGAAAAACUAACAUAAUGUUUAAUAACAUUUUAUUGUAUUAAUUUUAAUAUUUAUUCACCAACAAAAAUUGCAACAUAAGUAUUAGGAGGAUUGAAUGAAGGUGAAGAAAUUUAAAAUGUAGUAACAUUAAAAUUUAUUGAAUCUAUAGAAAGUGGAGCAAAGCUUUAAUAAAUAUUAUCAAGAAUUGUAAAGUAAAUUAUUAGCACACAAUAAGGAAUGGUUUAAAUUGGUAAAGAUAAAUUAUUUUGGCCAAAAAAAUCUCAUUCAUUUCAUGAACAUAAAUUUGAGAUUUGGGAGGGAGUACAAAUAGUAUAAAAACAAUUUGGAGUUGUAAUUGAUUGUGCUUAUAAAAUAUUGAGAUAAAAUACAUUACUUGAUGAUCUUUUAAUAACAAAAGAAGUAGAUCGUUAUGAAGGAAUGAUAGUGAUGACUAAAUAUAAUCAAAAAUUUUAUAAGGUUGAUCUUAUUGAAACUGGAAUGUCUCCUAAAGAUUUAUUUAUCACAGAAAAUGGAUAAGAAACUACCUUUAAAGAAUACUAUAAAUUAAGAUACAAUAUAAAAUUAACUGAUAAAUAACCAUUAAUAAAAACUAUGUUAAAACUUAAAGGAAAAUAAGAAGAAAAAGUUAUUUAUCUGAUUCCAGAAUUAUGUUAAUUAACUGGUUUAAAUGAAACUGUUAAAAAUGUAUAGAUUUUUAAAUCAAUUAUAGAAUUUCUCAGUAAUGAGGGAAGUAGCUAAAAUAACAAAACCAAAUGCCUAUGAUAGAAUUGAUUUAUCUGAAAAAUUUGCUAAAUAAAUGAAUUCUACAGUUAAAAAAGGGUCGAAUGCAAAUUUAUUAGAUACAUGGGGUUUGAAAUUGAAUAAUGUAUCCAUGAAUGUUGAAGCUAAAACUGUUCGUCCUGGUACAUUAAUGAUGGGUAAUGAAGAAAUUGAUUUAUCUUCAUCAAAUCUAAAUUUAGAUUAAUAAACACAGAAGAAAAUGUAUUAAAUGCCAGAGAAGAAGUUAGUAUGGGUGUUGAUUCAUUAUUAUAAAGAAAAAGGAUAGGAAGCAAAAAAAUUAUUGUUAGAAAAUAUGAAAUAAGCCAUAUCUGAAUAUUAAUUUUAUGGGUUUUAUUCUUAGCCAAUAGUAAAAUAAUUAUAAGAAGAAAGAGAAAAAACAUUAAUGUAAUUAUGUGAUGAUGUAAAUAAAGAAUGUGAAUAAAAAUAAUAAAAAAUAGAAUUCAUAAUCUUUUUAUUACCAGGAUAAAAGAGGAAUAGUCGUUUAUAUAGAUGUGCUAAAUAUAUAUCAUUAUAAAAAAUUGGUUGUCCAAGUUAAGUUGUUUUAGAAGAUACUUUAUCUAAAAAUACAAGAUCAAUAAUUAAUAAAAUCAUGGUCUAAAUUUGUGCUAAAUUGGGAGGUGUUCCAUGGGCAAUUGAUAAAUUACCAAAAAUCUUUUAAUAAUAACAUACAAUGAUUUGUGCAGCUGAAUGUUAUGAUAGAUUACAUCAAAUUAAACAUUUAGCCUUUUGUUCAACUUUUGAUAAAAAUAUGACAAAAUAUCAUAGUCAAAUAUAAAAAGGGGCUGAUUACAAAGGAGACAAUUUAAAGAAGUGUUUAAUAACUGCCAUGGAAAUUUACAAAGAAAAAAAUAUGGUUUUUCCACAAAUAAUAGUAAUUUAUAGAGAUGGUGUUUCAGAUGGACAAAUACCUGUUGUUCUUGGAGAUGAAUUUCCUUAAUAUGAUUAAGCAAUCAAAUAGAUAAAUCCUUAAAGUAAAUUAGUACUUGUUAUUUGUAAUAAAAGAGUAGCUGGAAAAUUCUAUUAAGCUGGACAUAGACCUGAUAAUCCAGCAUCAGGAACUAUUGUUGAUAGUAAGGAAAUUUGUGAAGGAUAACAACCCAAUUUUUAUUUAAUUUCUUAAAUUACAAGAUAAGGAACCUCUUAACCUACAUUAUAUAAAAUAUUACAUUCAGACUUACCUAAUAUUGAAGAUGAUAUCAAAGUUCUUACAUAUAAAUUAUGUUGGUUGUAUUAUAAUUUUGCAGGUCCAAUAAAGAUUCCAGCUCCUGUUAGAUAUGCUCAUAGUUUGAGUGAAUUUAUUGGGACUAGGUAUUAAAGAAAUGAUAAAGACCCUUUCAUUCCUAUAGAAGAAUUAGUUAAGAAAGGAGUAUUAUUUUACAUUUGA